AACUCCGACCCUCAUGGCUCUUCAGACCGAAGUAGGAGAAUGAGAAUGCGAGCGUGCUAUAGAGAAGAAAUUGACGAAUUACUGCGGCGAAGACUUGAGCGAUAAGGCACUUCAUUUUCAGUGGGUUAUUUUGCCUAGGAUGCUUGGGCUUCGAUUGAAGACGGGUUCCGUUUACCUCUGUCGUUAGGAGCUUCUCAUCAUCGUUACACAGACAGUCAUUUCUUCAUUUGUGCCGUGUAGAACUAAACUGAAGUUGUGUCCAGCAGAUUUUUUUGGGUGAAAGUAUACAGCAGAUUUAAAUGAGUACUUCAGAUGAAGAACGCUCGGUUAUAGGAAGCAAGGCAGAUAUAGGGUUUCUAGAUUUUGAGGAAGAGAAAUCUGUCUAUAGUUAUGCUCCAAACGAAGAGGAUCCUAUUGUCAUAUCUGUCCCAUUCCCGUUAGUGAAUGAGAAACCGCAAUCCAUAUGUGUUGGCCAUACUGCUGUGGAUGUAAUAACGAUCAAGAACACCACAAAUGAACCAGUGGAACUGUGGAGUGUUCAUAUUUUUGCUUCAAGUCCAGAGGACUGUUUCACACUUUCUCUGAUGGAACCUCCAUCAGCAAAUUCAAAUGCGGAUAUUAUUCAAGGUUUUCUUGAGUCUUUCUCCUUGGAGGACAGGAUGCUUCAACCUGGUGAGAUUUUGAAAGUGUGGUUGUCUUGCAAAACAAAGGAACUGGGAUUGCACACCACAAUUGUAUAUGUUGACGCAGGGGAUGCGAGAAUAGAAAGGACGGUUUUUCUCUUAGCUGAAGAUAAAAUCUCCCAGUCUUUGGCUUCCAGAAAGCCUUAUUCAAAAGGAAGAAAGAAAGAGAAAUUCGUUGUAAAUACUUAUGUUUCUGGGUCACGCCCUAGGAGGAAGGGAAAUCGUGAGUAUAAGAACAAGCUUCCAACAUAUGACAUUCCCAAGGAAAUAAGAGAAACACUAGAGGGCAAUCAGAUCCCUGAUGCUAUUGAAAGAGGUCUUACAAGGAAGAACUAUGCUUCUUAUUUCAAAACAUUAGUUAUGAUGGAAGAGCUACAGUUGGAGGAAGACAUGAGGACCUAUGAUAUGGAAUGCGUAACUAUGAGGAAAAGGACGUAUCAAUUCUUGUCUUUGGAGGUUCCAGGGCUUGCUGAGAGAAGACCGUCACUGGUUCAUGGGGACUUUAUUUUUGCCAAGCUAGCCUCUGAACAUGAUAAUGAUAACACGCCUGCUUACCAGGGUUUUGUCCACCGUGUUGAGGCUGAUGAAGUACAUUUGAAGUUUCACCCUCAUUUUCAUUCAGUCCACAAAGAAGAAGAUCUCUACAACGUUCACUUCACGUAUAAUAGGCUCAAUAUGAGACGGUUAUAUCAGGCAAUUGAGGCUGCAGAAAACCUGGGAAGUGAAUUCCUAUUUCCGCAUGAGACAUCUAGAAGGAGGCGCAUUGAAACCUCUCAUUUGGUGCCUAUUUCUGGUAAUAUUAAUGAGGAGCAGAUGCUUGCUAUCAAGAAGAUUCUUCGAUGCAAAGGUGCACCUCCUUAUCUGAUUCAUGGUCCUCCAGGUACAGGAAAGACUAGUACAGUAGUCGAAGCGGUCCUCCAGCUCUACAAAAAUCAUAGGAAAGCUCGUAUUCUCAUCUGUGCACCGUCAAAUAGUGCUGCGGACUACCUACUCGAGAAACUCCUUGGUCAAAAGGCUGUAAAAUUUCGAGAUGAGGAAAUAUUUAGGCUUAAUGCAUCUACGAGGGCUUAUGAUGAUAUCAAACCUGAGCUUAUCCGGUUCUGCUGCUUUGAUGAGUCUGUGUUCAAAUGUCCUCCAGUCAGUGCUCUCAUGCAAUUUAAGAUCAUAGUAUCAACUUAUAUGAGUGCCUGUCUUCUUUAUGCUGAAGAUGUCAUUCGAGGUCACUUUUCACACAUUUUCUUGGAUGAGGCUGGCCAAGCUUCAGAACCAGAAACCAUGAUCCCUAUAUCUCAUCUCUGCAAAAGGGAGACUGUUGUUGUUCUCGCUGGAGACCCAAUGCAGUUGGGUCCAGUAAUAUACUCCAAGGAAGCAGAAACCAAUGGAUUGGGAAAAUCAUACUUGGAAAGACUGUUUGAAUGUGAAUUAUAUUCCUAUGGAGAUGAUAAUUAUUUAACCAGAUUGAUUAGAAACUAUAGAUGUCACCCACAAAUAUUACAUCUCCCUUCCAGAAUGUUUUAUGAAGGAGAAUUGAUUGCAUGUAGGGAUGAUACUAGUUCUUUGUUGCUGAAUGAGGACUUCCUCCCAAAUAAGGAGUUCCCUGUUCUCUUCUUCGGCAUCCAAGGAUGUGAUGAGAGAGAAGGGUGUAAUCCAUCAUGGUUCAACCGAGUUGAAGUGAGUAAGGUCAUAGAACUAGUCAAGAGGCUCACAGCCGGUGGAAAUAUGAAGGAAGAAGACAUUGGGAUUAUAACACCAUAUAGGCAGCAAGUACUUAAGAUAAAGCAGACACUUGAAAGUAUAGAUUUGCCGGAGAUCAAAGUUGGAAGUGUUGAGCAGUUUCAGGGACAGGAGAGACGAGUUAUUAUAAUAUCAACUGUUCGCUCAACAAUCAAACAUAAUGACUUCGACAGAGUGCACUGUUUAGGUUUCCUGAGCAAUCAUAGAAGAUUUAACGUUGCUAUAACUCGUGCCAUAUCACUGCUGAUUAUUAUUGGGAACCCUCACAUAAUCUCUCGGGACUACUAUUGGCACAAACUCUUGUGGCAUUGUGUGGACAAUUCAUCUUAUCUUGGUUGUUCUCUUCCUGAAAGACUGGAGGUUCAGGAGGACUCUGGCUUCAAAAAUUUUCAAGAAAACUCAUUGCCCUCUGAAGAUGUGCCGUGGGGUCAAGAUUCACCACAAUCUGAUUCCGAGUUGCCUAAACCAGCUGGCACUGAUGAAGCUGAAUGGUCUGAUGGUUGGAAGUAGUCUAUCUGUCUAGUGCUUAGAGUGGGAAUCGGUAUAUUCGUUCAGGUUUACUAACUUACGCGCUUUUCGGCUUUUUGUGAGGCUUUCACACGAUUUGACACUUGUAUUAGAUUGCAUCGAAUGAACACCUCUUCAUCUUGCAAUUUUCCUGUCUAA